AUGGCAGAGGGCCAGCAGUCAACACCGGUCCCUCAGCCGUCGGGCCAAGCUACUCAACUGCCCCAGAAGCUGCCGGACAUUAUUCGCAGUUAUCGCCCCUGCAAGUCCUUCCGCGCCUCGAAGGCAGACAAUUCCAAUUACGUGACCUCCCUAGACUUCGACGACCAGGGCGACUAUCUAGUCGCCGCCGGCGACGACGAGACGAUCCAGGUCUUCGAUAUCAAGGAGGGCAAGCUCACCAAAUCUGUACCCAGCAAGAAGUAUGGCGUGCAUCUGGCCAGAUUCACUCAUCACUCUCGCCAGGUCCUGCACGCCAGUACCAAAGUAGACCAUUCCUUGCGAUUACUUGACCUCCAUAAUGAAGGAUACGUACGGUAUUUUACGGGACAUACAGACAAAGUCACUUGCCUGGCAGUCUCUCCAGGGAGCGACUCCUUCAUCUCAUGCUCCAAGGACGACACCAUCACGCUCUGGGACCUCGGCUCCCGCAAUCCCCAGGGCAAAUUGAAACUUGCGACUCCGUACCUCGUGGCGUAUGAUCCUUCGGCUUCAGUCAUUGCCAUUGCUUCACAGUCUACUUCCUCCAUCCUCCUCUACGAUGUCCGCAACUACGACAAGCCCCCGUUCUCGACCUUUGACCUUGCUCCUUUUGAAGAACUGUACACACCAUCCAGUCGAGGACGCGCCUGGACUAAACUCGAGUUCUCCAACGAUGGAAAGUAUUUGAUGGUUGGCACAGACUACCACGGACACUAUAUCCUGGAUGCCUUUGAGGGUACUGUGAAGGCCUUCUUGACUGGGAAGGGUGGAUCCCCCGGCCGGGCUGCCCCAGUGUCCUCGACGGGCAAGCCUUUGGGACAGGGUGACGCAUCUUUCACGCCAGAUGGACGCUAUGUCAUUGGUGGUAAUGGAGACGAACCCGAUGUUUUGGUGUGGGACCUGCAACAGGAGCGGGAAGCAAAUAACAUGUUGCCCCCCAUGUGCAGGUUACCAUACCGAGGACGGACUGCCAUCAUCGAUUACAACCCCCGAUACAAUAUGAUCGCUAGUGCCGACAAGGAAACAGUCUUCUGGCAACCCGAAGAGCCACCUCGACCGUCUGAUAAAUAG